GUCAUGGCGGAGAUCGGCACGAAGCCUUGAAUCUCCGAUUGGCUUCCCUUUCCCUCCCGGAGAACGAGGAGGAGAAGGGGAAGCCCCAAGAACUCCCAAUCCGAUCCUUCUAGGGUUAGGGUUAGGGUUCCUUUUGCUUCUCUCCAUAUCCAAAUCAAAUGGGAUCCCGUCGAUUCCUUCCCCCCGUCCUUCUCCUCCUCCUCCUCUCUGUCAUCGCCUCCGCCGCCGCCUCCCAAUCCCUCCUUCGGAUGAUCUCUGAGAACCAGGCCUCUGGCGACAGCGACGGCCUCUACUGCGACAGCUGGCGGCUCUCCGAGGAGACCAACAACGCCGGGUACUGGGGGACGAUCCCGGCCAGAUGCCUCCAGUUCGUGGCUGAGUACAUGAACGGCGAUCGCUACGCGUUGGACUCGGACGUGGUCGCUGCCGAGUCGCUGGCCUUCGCCCAGACCGUUCAGGUCGCCGGAGAUGGGAACGACGUCUGGAUCUUCGACGUCGAUGAGACGCUGCUCUCCAACCUCCCCUAUUACGCCGUCAACGGAUACGGAUCGGAGGAAUUCAACGAGACAACAUUCGAUGAGUGGCUGAAUCUGGCAAAGGCGCCAGCUUUACCGGCGAGUUUGAGGCUGUAUGAGGAGCUCCUGGGUCUAGGAUUUCAGAUAAUCCUUCUGACCGGCCGGGUUGAGGCUGAAAGAAAUGCCACCGAGAAGAAUCUGUCAUUCGCGGGGUACCAUUCUUGGACAAGGCUCAUUUUGAGGGAAGCCUCUGAUAUCGGCAAGACAGCAGUGGCCUAUAAAUCAGAAAAACGAGCACAGUUGGAAGCUCAAGGACACAGGAUCCAUGGGAACUCUGGGGAUCAAUGGAGCGACUUGUUGGGUUCACCGAUGGCUACGCGAUCCUUCAAACUCCCAAACCCCAUCAGUCAGCAGACAAUGUGUCAUCAAAGAGGCGAAAUUUAUCUAGGACAUGGCCCAUCUAAAUCAACCACCGACUUAAUCAAGGAUCAGUAUAGAAGAAUUUUGUGUUUGAUAAGCUGCCAUCUUAAGAGAAUUUUUGGGAAAAGGAAGUUCUCUACCGAAUUGGACAUUUCAUUAGUGAGAUGCCUGGUGAGGAGGAAACACAAAUUCCCACUGAAGACAGUUCACAUAAUAGAAAUGCAAUCUGUUGGAUUAGUUUUGUAGUUUUUUCAAGCUCACUGUAGCUGGAACGAACUUCGGUUGGACUGUAAAAUAAUAACCUUAACAAUAAUAACAUCGGAUGGAAAUGGAAGUCUUUUGUCUA